AUGAGGAGCAGCCAAUGUGAAAGCGGAUCAUCUCACAACACGAGCGGCAGUCCGAGAGAUCAGCACCACAGCGCAAUGAGUCCGGUACACAGCUCCAGCCUGAUGCUCGCACUUCUCUUCAUCUCUUUGAUACCAGUCACCAGUAGUGCUCCAGUACUCUUGAAUCCAUCCUCAACAGAGGAAGACCAGUUACUUACCCAGAUAACAACCCUCUGCUCAUUCUACCUAUCUGCAGACCCAUCCUUUAGAACAUCUGAGGCCAUGGAGGACCUGUGUAUCCUAAUGCUGGGAUCACUGCAGAAAUCUAAGGAGAGCACAGCUCGAGAGACCAGCAAAAGGUUUUUAUUUCAUUACACUAAACCGCAUGGUGCUGGACUGUCAAAUGGGAUGUCCACUGUGUUGCACCCUCUUCUGGAACUCAUACCCCAGCUUAACAGAAGAAGAAGCAGGAGAAUGAAAUUAAAUGAGAACCUUCAAGAGCAAGGGCGGAUCCAGAACAGAGGGUACUUCCUUUAUCGGCCACGAAAUGGAAGAAGAUCUGCUGAGUAUGUGUAAAACAACAAAGAAUUCAGUGCCAACAGACCCCAUCCUACAGAUGUGUGAUCCAGAGCAAGAUAACCUGAACGUCACUUCAUGCAAAUCCCUGCGACCUCCCUCUGUUCGAAUCGUGAUGUUGAAUGUAC